AUGGAAUCGGAGCGUUGGGCCGGGGGCGUAGAUUGCGUGGGCGGCGAUAUGCUGGCGACGCUGCUGGCACAAACGAAAUAUGGCGGCGUGGUGACGGCCUGUGGACUGGCCGGCAGUGCCAAAUUGAGCACGACCGUCAUGCCGUUUAUUUUGCGCGGCGUGGCCCUGCAGGGUAUCGACUCGGUUAUGGCGCCACUGGAUGUGCGGCAGCGGGCUUGGGCAACGUUGGGAACUACGCUCAGUAGUGCUGAAGACCGGGAGCGCCUGUCCGCCAUUUACGCAACAGCGCCGCUAAGCAAUGCUGUUGACCUUGGCGCGCAGUUGCUGGAAGGCAAGGCCCGGUCGCGUCAGGCCGCCAGCGCGCUGCACGAUUUAGGCGUGUGGCAGGGCGAUCAGGUGGCGCUGCUGAUGCGCAACGACUUUGCAUUCUUUGAGGCAACGUUAGGCGCUUCUCUAUUGGGCGCUUCCCCCGUACCGCUGAACUGGCAUCUAAACGCCGAAGAAAUUGCUCACAUUUUGGACGACUGCGGGGCCAAGGUGCUGGUGGCUCAUGCCGAUUUGCUGACCGAAGCGGUGGUCUCGGUGUGCGAUACCGGAAGCGCAAUGUGCGCUGCCCGGCGCGGUCCCGGACUGGCGCGGUUGGACAGACUCAUUUCCGGAAUGGCUGAAGCCCCCAGACCGGUUGCUGGCCCCAUGUUUUACACUUCCGGCACCACGGGCAUGCCCAAGGGCGUAAAACGCAAAUCGGCCAGUGCAGAGGUGAUCGCUGCCAUUGGGCAGCGAACCAAUGCGGCCUGGGGUUUUGAUCAAAAAGACAUCCGCUCGAUUAUGAGCGGACCGUUGUAUCACUCCGCGCCAAACGCUUACGGCAACCAUAUUGUUCGCAGCGAUGGUCUGCUAGUUCUGCAACCGCGAUUUGACGCAGAACAAAUGCUGGCGAUGAUUGCAGCGUUUGACGUCACCCACCUGCAUUUGGUGCCAACCAUGUUUGUGCGCCUGUUGGCCUUAGCGGACGCGGUGAAAAGUCGCUACGAUCUUUCCAGCCUGAAGUUUGUUACCCACGGUUCAGCCCCAUGCCCGCCGGAUGUUAAGCAGCGCAUGAUCAACUGGUGGGGACCGGUGAUUCAUGAAUAUUACGCCAUGACAGAAAUUGGCAUUGCUACCGCCUGCACCAGUGAGCAGUGGCUGGCUCAUCGGGGAACAGUGGGGAACGCCGGCCCUGGCGUCGACCUGAAAAUUCUGGAUGACGAUGGCGAGGCUUGUGCACCUGGUACGCCCGGCGAAAUUUGUGUGCGGUCUGAAACCACCACGCGAUUUGAAUAUCACCGCGAUCAUGGAAAGACCGAUUCGGUCAGGCUCGGAGAUUUUGUUGCCACCGGCGACGUGGGAUUCCUUGAUGAAGAUGGUUUUCUGUUUAUCAGCGACCGAAAAACUGACAUGGUGAUAUCCGGCGGAGUCAAUAUUUAUCCGGCAGAAAUUGAGAAAGUUCUGCUGACGAUGGAUCACGUUCGCGAUUGCGUUGUGUUUGGCAUUCCCGACGCCGAAUUUGGCGAAAGAUUGGUUGCUGUGGUGGAGUCGGCGGAAACGCUGGACGGUGAAAAUCUGGCGGCAGAACUGCGCAGCCAUAUCGCGAGUUAUAAAGUGCCUAGAGAAUAUUUCUUUGCCGACAACCUGCCGCGUGAAGACAGCGGAAAAAUCAAGAAACGCGUGGUUCGAAAACACUUUUUAGCUGGCACUAUAGCUGUUGCCGACCAUACGGCUACCGGUUCUAAAUGA